AACGCAAGUUUUUGAUAAAAUGAAAUGUAGUGUUGAGGGCAGAAACCUUUGUGCAUGUUUGUACAGAGAGUUUUUGAUUUGCUACUUGUCGGUCACAUGACCUUACAUCCGCUCUGUGACUGUUGCUGUUUGGCAGCUAUGACAACGAAAUUUGAAAGUUGGAUGAAUGGCCUCUAUGAAGAAAAAGCUUUCGUUUUCUAAAGUGCCUCAAAACUCUCUGAAAUAUACCGUAUACGUGGACAUUCAGGCAGUCACGUGUCCAGGAGUACUUCUAACUAAAAAGAAUGAUGUCUACCUCAGUGUGUGUAUCAUGGGCCAGUACAGAAAGACUCCCUGUUUGCCCCCUGUAUUCCCUUUACUCUUCCACCACAAAAUGGUCUUUGUCAAGACUUUACCCGGUGUUGUUGACCCUGCUGAUGUAGCUGACCUCCUCGAAGCUGACACGACAUCUUUUGAGCUGAUUCAGUUGGUGCCUCCAGAGGGUGAGGUCCUAGCCACGAUGGAGGAAAGCAGCAGAGACUUCCUGUACCCUGGUCCCAGACAGAGCUUCAGAGAAGGAUCUGCAGAGAGAGAAGUACUGAUGAAGAGGUCCUCUUCCUUUCCCGGAAUCUCUCCCAAAGUGGAGUUUGCCACGACAUCAGUCAUAGAAGAGAGUGAUAGAAGAGACAGCUGGCCUGCAACCCCUAGCUGCUGUCUUUCUCCAAUGAAGCCAUCUUCAACCCCAUCCAGACAGAGUUCAGCGAAAAAGUCUUCACCAUCCAGCAGGCAUUUUUCCAGAAUAGAUGAUGGGAGCUUUGCCUCUUUGAAAGGUGCAAAGGAAAAGCUAAAUACUGAGGCUAGCGUCACAAACUCGGCACCAUCAUCAUCAUCCAGACGUUCCCCUUCAUCCUCAUCUGGCUGCAGUCCCCGGAAAAACAAGAAGGAAAGAAAACAUGCUUCUCCCAGAGUGUCUGUAGACUCUGGCUACCAGCAGCCUACAGUUUCGUCAAUGGCACGAGCCCUGUCCCCUUACACUCACCGCAAGAUGUGCCAGCUUUCAGAGGACGCCAGGCAGAGGCUCAGCCACCUCCAGCUGGGGCCUCACCACUUCAGAAAGGAGACAGAAAGUCAGCCACCCUUCUUGGUCUCUCGUCGCAGUAGUGUCUCUGGGAUGGGAACUCCUUCCUCCUCUCCCCACAAUGGCAGCAUGCAUCGAUACUCUUUUAGCUCCUCAGCUGAUCAAACAGAUUCUUCUUUACUGGGUAGUUACAGACCAAGAACAGACAGACUGAAAUCAGGUUCUGUGAGGGUCCAGUCAUCUCUAGAGACACAGUCCAGACAAGAAGCCCAGACAAGAAGCCCUGUGAUAGGUUCUCCUCCUGCACACUCUACCGUGGUUAUGUCAAAAUCCAGAGGUCCUCUGAAUCUCAGCAACCAUUCCCUCAGAGAAAGGCUCCAGACCAGUCAGCCCAGUCCAUCCUACUGGGAGGAGAUCCACAGCCGAGUUCAGAGAAUCCUGCAGACACACAGAACCACCUGGGACCACCAAGUGGCCUUUGACCUUUAACCUUCUGAUGAAAAUGUAACCA